AUGGACAUCCUGGGACCCCUCGACCCCACCCUCCAGAAUAUCCUCGACCAGAAGAGUCUCAAGUGGAUCUUCUGCGGUGGAAAGGGUGGUGUUGGCAAGACCACAACGUCGUGUUCUCUCGCCGCGCAGCUGGCGCGUGUCCGCGAGUCGGUUCUUCUCAUCUCCACUGACCCUGCACACAACUUGUCCGACGCCUUCUCCCAGAAGUUUGGCAAGGAUGCCACCAAGGUCAACGGCUUCGACAACCUGUACGCGAUGGAGAUUGACCCCAACUCGAGCUUGCAAGAGAUGGUCGAGUCCGCGGACCAGUCUGGUGGCAUGGGCAGCAUGAUGCAGGACGUCGCCUUUGCGAUCCCCGGUGUAGACGAAGCGAUGGGCUUCGCCGAGAUCAUGAAGCACGUCAAGUCGAUGGAGUUCUCGGUGAUUGUGUUCGACACCGCGCCGACGGGUCACACGCUGCGCUUCCUCUCGUUCCCUUCGGUGUUGGAGAAGGCUCUUGGCAAGCUGAGCCAGCUCAGCGGCCGCUUUGGGCCGAUGCUUCAGCAGGUGCAGUCCAUGCUCGGCGGCGGUGUGCCGCAGGAAGACAUGUUCGCCAAGCUUGAACAGAUGCGCGAGGUCAUCACCGAGGUCAACACGCAGUUCAAGGACCCCGAACUGACGACCUUUGUUUGCGUGUGCAUCUCCGAGUUCCUCUCGCUCUACGAGACCGAGCGCCUCAUCCAGGAGCUCACAAAGUACGAGAUUGACACCCACAACAUCGUUGUCAACCAGCUUCUGUUCCCAAAGAAGACCGACCAGUGCGAGCAGUGCAGUGUGCGGUACAAGAUGCAGCAGAAGUAUCUGCGCGAGGCGUACGACCUCUACGAGGACACAUUCCACAUCGUCAAGCUUCCGCUCCUGACCGAGGAGGUCCGCGGAACGGACAAGAUCAAGAAGUUCUCCGAGAUGCUGGUCAAGCCGUACGAGCCGGCCGAGUAG